AAAACCUAAUCUACACAGUGGAACGCUUCUGUUAGUGCAUACUGUAUUUUUGCAAUCAUGAGUUUUGUGAGAUCAGAUAUUUCCGAAAGCAGCUGGUUCUGUUCUAACACCUGCUUCCACUCUGGACACCAGCAAGUCGCCAACCCAAUUAUUCCCUAUGUUGGACCAAUAAUAUCUGGUGGAUUAAAACCAGGAAUGGCUCUCUAUGUUCAAGGGACUGUUCCUGAUAAUGCCAAUCAGUUUUCAAUAAAUUUCCAAACGGGCCAGAAUAAAUACGAUGACAUUGCUUUUUACUUCAAUCCCUGGAUUGGCCAAUAUGUAUAUUUGAACAGCUUCCAGAAUGGAAACUGGGAGGAGAAGGAAUGUGUUCUCGAUGAGUCCUUCACCAGGGGAGCAGCCUUCAAUAUGUUCAUUGUCACCAAGACAGAUGGUUAUGAGGUUUAUGUGAAUGACUUAAGACGCUACAUGUUCCAGCACCGCAUUCCUUUAGAGAAAGUUACUACACUUUGCAUUUGCGGAGAUGUUAGCAUUGAUUUUUUUGGCUUGUGUGAAAACUGGAGAAGAUCCAGCUUUAGAGAGCAAGCAAUUACAAGCACAGAGAGUUUAUUGUUGAACAUGUUACCAAUCCCAUCAGAGGUGUCACAUCAAGUCAUUCAUCCUAUACUUCCCCAUGUGGGUACAAUUGGGGACAGGUUAAAACCGGAGAUGGCUGUAUUUUUCCAAGGAGCUCUUCCUGCACAUCCUAAAGAGUUUGAGAUCAAUUUCCAAACAGGGCAGUCAGAUAGUGAUGACAUCGCUUUUCACUUCAACCCCCGCAUUGGGAAACAUGUCUACCUGAACAGCUUCAGAAAUGGAAGUUGGGAGAAGGAGGAAUGUGUCUCUGAUGAACUCUUUACCAAGGGAGCAGGCUUCUAUAUGUUUGUUGUCAUCAGUUCGGAGGGCUAUGAGGUUUACGUGAAUGGCUUGCAACACUGUAUGUUUAACCAUCGCGUUCCUCUAAAGAAUAUUUCAACAAUUAGCAUUUAUGGAGAUGUUACCAUCUCCAUCUAUGGAUUCAUUGAUAACUGGAGCAAAUCCUUUAACUUUACAGACCUUUUAAAAAUCACAGGCAUGGGAAGCUCAUUCUCAAGCCUGUUACCCAUCCUCUCAGAGGUGUCACAUCCGGUCAUCCUUCCUGCACUUCCCUAUGUGGGUACAAUCAGAGGAGGGAUAAGAUCAGAUACGGCUGUAUUCUUUCAGGGCACUCUUCCUGCACAUGCCAAAAUGUUUGCAAUAAAUUUCCAAACAGGGCAGUCUGAUAGUGAUGACAUCGCUUUUCACUUCAACCCCCGCAUUGGGAAACAUGUCUACCUGAACAGCUUCAGAAAUGCAAGCUGGGAAAAGGAGGAAACUGCACCUGAUAAACUCUUUACCAAGGGAGCGGCUUUCAAUAUGUUUGUCGUCAUCAGUUCUGAGGGCUAUGAGGUCUAUGUAAAUGGUGUGCAACUUUGUAUAUUUAAGCAUCGCAUUCCCUUAGAGAGCAUUUCUACACUUGCCAUUUUUGGAGAUAUUUCAGUCGCCAUCUAUGGUUUCAUUGAUAACUGGAGUAGAUCACCUUUAUGUAUGGACCGAUCAAAUGCCACAGGAUGUAGGAGCUCGUUCUCAAAACAAUUAUCAGUUCCGUCAGAGGUUUCACAUCCAGUCAUCCAGCCAGCACUACCCUACAUGGGUACCAUUAAAGAAGAGAUAAGACCAGAUAUGGCUGUUUUGUUCCAUGGGACAGUUUCUGAACAUGGCAAAAGCUUCGAGAUUAAUCUUCUGACGGGUGACUCUGAUUAUGAUGACAUUGCUUUUCACAUCAGUCCUCGAAUUGGUAAAUCUAUGGCCCUGAACAGCUUCAUAAAUGGCAGCUGGGAGACUGAGGAAUAUGCCUCUGACAAUCCAUUCAGCAAGGGAACAUCCUUUAAUUUGUUUUUUGUUAUCAACUCAGAGGGCUAUGAGGUCUAUAUCAACAGCUUGCAACACUGUACAUUCAAACACCGAAUUCCUUUGGAGAAGGUUUCCACACUUGGCAUUCGUGGAGAUGUUACCAUUAACUACUUUGGUUUUGUUGAAAAUUGGAGCACAUCCUCCAUGGCUAGGAAAAUUAAUGAAAUUCCAGAAAAGUUGAGCAUUUCUGGGAACCUGAUGCACAUUCCAUCAGAAAUUUCACAUCCAGUCAUCAACCCUGAACUCCCAUAUGUAGGAUCUAUACCAGAAGGUUUAAGGACAGAUAUGGCUGUAUUCCUCAAAGUGGCUCUUCCUGCAGAUGCUAAAGUGUUUACAAUAAAUUUCCAGACGGGUGAGUCUGACGGUGAUGACAUCGCUUUCCACAUCAACCCCCGAAUUGGAGAGUUAGUGGCCCUAAACAGCUUUAGAAAUGGUAGUUGGGAGACUGAGGAACAUGCCUCCAUCACACCCUUUGCCAAGGAAGGAGCAUUGAAUAUGAACAUUGUCAUCAACUCAGAGGGAUAUGAGGUCUAUGUGAAUGGCUUGCAACACUGUACAUUCAAGCACCGCAUUCCUUUAGAGAACGUUUCUACUCUUGGUAUUUGUGGAGAUGUUAUCAUCAACUACUUUGGAUUUGUUGAAAACUGGAGUGAAUCCUCCAUGGCUGUGGAAAUGAAUGACAUUCAAGACAUGUCGAUCACUUCCGGGAGCCUGAUAGACGUCCCAUCAGAGAUUUCUCAUCCACUCAGCAGCCCUGAAAGUCCACAUGUAGAUACAGUCCCAGAAGCAUUAAAAACAGACAAGGCUGUAAUCUUCCAAGUGGCUCUUCCUGCAGAUGCCAAUAAUGCAGUCAACUUCAAAAUUACUCACCGUGGAAGUGAAAACUGGAACGAAUUGUCCAUGGUUGUGGAAAGUAAUGAAAUCCAAGACAUGUCAAUGAUUACUGGGAGCCUGAUAGACGUGCCAUCAGAGAUUUCACAUCCAAUCAGCAGCCCUGAACUUCCAUAUGUUGGUGCAAUUCCAGGAGGAUUAAAGACAGAUAUGGCUGUAAUCUUUCAAGGGAAUAUUCCAGCAGAUGCCAAAGAGUUUAAAAUAAAUUUCCAGACGGGUGAGUCUGAUGGUGAGAACAUCGCUUUCCAUAUCAACCCCCGAAUUGGAGAGUUAGUGGCCCUAAACAGCUUUAGAAAUGGUAGUUGGGAGACCGAGGAACAUGCCUCCAUCACACCCUUUGCCAAGGAAGGAGCAUUGAAUAUGAACAUUGUCAUCAACUCAGAGGGAUAUGAGGUCUGUGUGAAUGGCUUGCAACACUGUACAUUCAAGCACCGCAUUCCUUUAGAGAACGUUUCUACUCUUGGUAUUUGUGGAGAUGUUAUCAUCAACUACUUUGGAUUUGUUGAAAACUGGAGUGAAUCCUCCAUGGCUGUGGAAAUGAAUGACAUUCAAGACAUGUCGAUCACUUCCGGGAGCCUGAUAGACGUCCCAUCAGAGAUUUCUCAUCCACUCAGCAGCCCUGAAAGUGCACAUGUAGAUACAGUCCCAGAAGCAUUAAAAACAGACAAGGCUGUAAUCUUCCAAGUGGCUCUUCCUGCAGAUGCCAAUAAUGCAGUGAACUUCAAAAUUACUCACCGUGGAAGUGAAAACUGGAACGAAUCGUCCAUGGUUGUGGAAAGUAAUGAAAUCCAAGACAUGUCACUGAUUACUGGGAGCCUGAUAGACGUGCCAUCAGAGAUUUCACAUCCAAUCAGCAGCCCUGAACUUCCAUAUGUUGGUGCAAUUCCAGGAGGAUUAAAGACAGAUAUGGCUGUAAUCUUUCAAGGGAAUAUUCCAGCAGAUGCCAAAGAGUUUAAAAUAAAUUUCCAGACGGGUGAGUCUGAUGGUGAGAACAUCGCUUUCCAUAUCAACCCCCGAAUUGGAGAGUUAGUGGCCCUAAACAGCUUUAGAAAUGGUAGUUGGGAGACUGAGGAACAUGCCUCCAUCACACCCUUUGCCAAGGAAGGAGCAUUGAAUAUGAACAUUGUCAUCAACUCAGAGGGAUAUGAGGUCUGUGUGAAUGGCUUGCAACACUGUACAUUCAAGCACCGCAUUCCUUUAGAGAACGUUUCUACUCUUGGUAUUUGUGGAGAUGUUAUCAUCAACUACUUUGGAUUUGUUGAAAACUGGAGCAGAUCUUCUUUGGCACUGGAAAAUAAGCAAAGCACUGAAAUGAGAAGCACUUCCGUGACACUUCUACCCAUCACAACAGACAAGCUUACACUUCCAUUUGUGGGCAGCAUCCCGGGUGGGAUAAGAGCAGAUAUGGCUGUACUGUUUUAUGGGACAAUUCUUGCAGAUUCCAAUGAGUUUGAAAUAAAUUUCCAAACAUGUCAGUCCUCUGAUGAUAUCGCAUUCAAUAUCAAUCCCCAAAUUGUCCGUUUUCUGGUGCUAAGCAGUCUCAGAAAUGGUGAAGAUUUAGCUUCAGACAACGGAGCAGCCUUCAAUAUGUUUGUUGUCCUCAAAUUAGAGGGUUAUGAGGUCUAUGUGAAUGGCCUGCAAUAUUGCACAUUCAAGCAUUGCAUUCCUUUAGAGACCAUUUCUUCACUUGGCAUUCGUGGAGAUGUUUUCAUCAAUUUCAUUGGUUUUAUUGAUAACUGGAGUAGCUCGUCCAUGGUUAUGGAAAAUAUUAAAAUCACAGGCAUGGAAAGAUCAUGCUGGAGACCUAUACCAAUCCCAUCACAGGUUUCACAUCCAGUCAGCAACCCUGCCCUUCCUUAUGUAGGACUGAUCCCAGGAAAGGCAAGACCAGAUAUGGCUGUCUUGUUCCAAGGGGCUCUUCCUGCAGAUGCCAAUGAAUUCACAAUAAACUUCCAAACAGGUGAGUCUGUUGGUGAUGACAUCGCUUUUCACAUUAACCCCCAACUCGGCCAUUAUGUGGCACUAAACAGCUUCAGAAAUGGUAGCUGGGAGACUGAGGAAUCUGCCUCUGACAAACCCUUCACCAAGGGAGCAGCCUUUAAUAUGUUUGUCGUCAUUAAAUCAGAGGGGUAUGAGGUCUAUGUGAAUGGCUUGGAACUUUGCACAUUCAAACAUCGCAUUUCUUUAGAGAACAUUUCUAAGCUUGGCAUUUGUGGAGAUGUUUCCAUCAAUUUCAUUGGUUUUAUUGAGACCUGGAGCAAAUUUUCCUUCAUCAUAGAAAAUAAUGAAAUCACAGGCAUGCAGACCUCAUCCUGGAAAGGCUCAUCCCAUCAGAUGAUCAGCACAUCAUCUGAAGAUUUUUAAUUCGGUAAUUAUAAUGGAAGUACAAGAUUUCAUAACUGUGCUGGUUUUUGUUUUGUAAUAGUCAUUUAGCAUCAUUGUAUGGACUAGCAUUUAAUUUUGCUUAUAUUUUUUUUUAAUUCCACCUGAAAGUUUUAAUUAGAAUCAGAAUUGUUGUGUUCUGCAUAUAACCGUUCAACUGUGUAUUAGAAAUAGAGGUAAGACUUUACACUAAGUUCCCUUAAUUAACAUCAUUUACUACAUUAAGUAACAUUAACAAAUCAUUUACUUAGCUUUGAUUAACCAUAAAUAAUGUUAACAAAGUAAUAACAUGUACCCACAUUGCCUAAAGUUUCUGCCAUUGAUGACUAAAAUAAAUCCACAUAAAUUAGCUAAGGUUAAAUUGAGUACCAAAUGUUGAGAAUUAAUUUAACUUUUCUCCAUGUAUAAAUAAUAUAACUUUCUAUUCAGCCUCACUUCUGACUUUUGCCUGUUCUCAACUGCAAAUACGUUGAUAAAGAUCUUAAUAAGAUGAAUAUAGUUUUCUGGUUAA